AAAUGAGUUUCGAAAAUUUAUUUUGGAUUUUAUAAGAACUGUUUUCGAAUUAUAAUAGAGGGAAGAGCUAGAAAUCCACAUAUCAAAAUUUUAAAUGGAACCUGUUAUAGAAGAAAAUGAAACUCAACAAAGGAACCAUGAAAAAACCGAGAGUUCUCUAACAAUUGCCACCUGUGUCGAAGAAGACGAUGAUACGAGUAUAUCUAAUUUUGAAUCAGAAUCUACAACAAAUGAGGUGGCCAAUCCUGCACAAUUUAUAAGAUCUCAGACAAGCGGAGGGACCUUUGGAGAGGUCAAGAUUGAAAAUUCCCAAGAUGUUCACUUCGGGAAUAAAAUAUUUACUGCUCCAAUAACGGUGGUCAAUGCCGUCGGUGAAGAGGAGCAGGAUAAGUUGGGUAUUUUAGAAAAGAAGAAUUGUUGGGAAAGAUUUAAGAAAAUUGUUAAAAGUACAAGUAUCCGAGAACGCAUAGCAAUAGCAUUUUUGGCAUCUUUGGUUUUGGUGAUUGUUCUCAUUACUACUGUGAUAAGCAUAUUGUUGACCAAUAUUCAAGAGGCAACGCAACCUGAAGCGACAACAGUGCCUAGUGUGACAUCAGCUCCAUACAAUUGCAUGGUUUCCAGAAAUAUUUGGAUGUCCCGAUCUCCCAGUGGCGAAGUAAACUCCGUUCCACGCAAUGCAUCGUUGGUGGUAAUUUUGCACACCGCGACUCAAUUUUGCAAAACUCCACCGGAAUGUGCACAAGCAACUAGAACUGCACAGAAUUACCAUAUGGAUGUACUACGAUUCGCCGAUAUUGGAUAUAAUUUCUUGGUGGGCGGCGAUGGACUCAUAUAUGAAGGAAGAGGUUGGGGUAAAAGAGGAGCUCACACUUUUGGAUUCAAUAGCCAAAGCGUCGGAAUAGCAUUUAUAGGUAAAUAUCAUGACACGUUCCCCAUUCACGAUUCGCCAACUAGCCACCAGGUAAGUUGUACUAAACGGUUACUGGUGGAAGGUGUAACAUCAGGAUGGCUUGCAAGCAAUUAUAGCUUGGUUGGAUAUUGUGAUCUCAUGUCAGGAAUUCCACCAGGAAAUAUUCUAGUACAAGAGAUAAGAAAGUGGCCACAUUACAGAAAAGAAGGAAAUCCUGGAAUUUGUAAAUGAAAAUUUAUUUGAUUUUUAUAUUCGAAAACGAUUUGAAAAAAUAGAAAAAAAACUGAUCUAUACUAUGUAGAUACAGUAAACAAUAAAAGAUGCAUAA